AUCAACUGGGAUUGCGUGGUUGAGAAUUUGAGAUCAGAUCCAAGGGAUUGUACAGUUACGGGCCAGGAUAGAUUGAGGAAGAGGAUGUCAGUUUGGAGCCCUUGCAAGCUGGUAGAUAAUUUGUGGGAUGAAUUUGCUGAAAAUGAUGUUCUUAUCAUGCCUUAUCGAAGUAGUGAUGAGGUGAAUGAAUCAGUCGCUGUCAGCAAUGCCUACCAGAAGUCACAACAUGUAGGAAGGAAUGUUGGAAAGAGCACAGAUAGCAGAGGAUUGACCAGACCUGUCUGGAAGAAAGAAAAACCAUAUCUGUUUCCUCCUAUGAAUCUUGGGAACCCUGAUCCUGAGUGCAUUCCUAAUGCCAUUAUGAGAGUGUCCCAGGAUGCUGAAGUCUCUGAUUGUGGUAUAAAGAACUGCAACAUAAACCCAGAUAGCGAUAUAUUUUGCACAGGAAACUCUAUUCUCGGGACUACUGGUUCAACAGAUAGAAGCAAUAACUGCUGUUUCUCAUUUGAUAAUGCUUCUCCAGCGGUUAAAGAUUCUUACCUUUUGGAAAAUGGAAAUGAGGAUAGGGAAAAUGAUCUUGCAUAUUGUGACUGGCCUGAUAUUGGCAAUUUUGAGGAUAUUGACGAAAUGUUCAGAAACUGUGAUUCCACAUUUGGGCAAGGGUGUACAGACAACGCAAACGAGCUCUCAUGGUUUCCCUCUUUGUCACAUUCCAUUUAUGGGUCAGAAGUUACUUUUGAUUCAGGCGUACAAUCCUCAUGUUCAGAGUUGAGUGUGGUGAAUAAUGCAUUGGAACAUCAGUCUGCAAAUAUCAACUUUUUGCCUAAACUCGAUUCACCAUCUGCUGUUAAUGAUGGUUCAUCUACUGUUGGCUAUCAACUUAAUGGUGAUUGGCUGGAUGCUGGUGCUGGAAAUAAAGACAAAUUUGCAUUUAAAGAAUUUUAUGAUAAGAGGGCCAAGAUGAAGUUAUCAGCUCUUAACCAGACUUGCAGUGGAAGUGGCUUUAGUGGAUCGGAGGACCUUGAUAUGAUAGCUGCUAUUGGAAGCCAAUUCUCAUCAGAAAAAAAGAUAAUACAGCAACUUGCAGAUCAGAAACAUCCCUCUUCUGCUAUUUCAGUUGCUGAAGCAAACCCAUCUGAAAAUAUGCUGGAGCAAAAGCAUUUCUUGGGAUCUGCUUCAUCAAGUUACAUGUGCACUUUCAAUCCUUAUUCAGAAUUGGAGCUUAGUUCUCCUGCACAUCAAGUUACAUGCACACAAGCAACAUUGAGUAAUGCAUCAAGAAAUGUUACUGAUCUUUCCUCUUCUCAUAGAGUCUUAGAUCAUGUUACAACUUGUUCCUACCAACACAUAAAGAGGUUGCCUAAUGAAUCAGCUUUGCCUCCAACAAUGACAUCAGAGGGAAAAAUGGAGAAACAUAGACAGCAGUUACACGGUACAGUGAUUGUUGACCACAGGCAACAGCAUGCACCGUGCACAAGUAAAAAUAUGGUUAUGAAAAAUCAUCACAAGUCUCGGGAUGAGAUAGGAUGCAACAGUGAACAAGGAGAGAGUAGCAUCGAACAUUCAGCCAUUGGGAUGGAUUCUUCUAUAGUGGAUGAGGACUCUUUCAUGACAAAUAUUUCUUCUGAUGGCAUCUCACUAGAUGCAACUAGUUUUCAACAGCUUCAAGAUGUUAUGGAUCAGAUGGAUGUUAGAACAAAGCUGUGCAUAAGGGACAGUUUAUACCGUUUGGCAAGGACUGCUAGACAAAGACAUAUUUUUUCUAAUACAAGCAAUUGCGGCAGAGAGAGUAGAGAUGCAAGAGGAAUCCAGAGUACAGAAACAUCAAAAAUGUGUGGAGAAGUUACAAAUGCUGAAACUGGAACAAAUCCUAUAGAUCGAUCUGUUGCUCAUCUACUUUACCACAAGCUUUCAGACCCUUCUACAGGACCUGCUGAUGAUGCCAUAUCAUUUGAGUGUCGCAUCAUGGAUGAACAGAGCCAUGUUCCUGUCACAAUCCAGGCUGAGAUGCCUGUUUUUUGAUCGAAUGAGACAGCCUGAUUUAUUUUCUCUCAAGACAAGUUGGUAGUUUUAGCAGUUUGAACUUGCUGAAUAGUGAUCAACGAUAAGAAAAACUCAGGAAAUCCAGCAACAUAGUUCUCCACGGAAACUAUCAUUUGUAAGUAGACUACUCAAAAGACCAUGUAUGUAUGAUAGUUAUACCUCACCGGGAACUUAAGAGAGUGAUGAAAUGUUGUUUAUAUAUCUGUAUGCCUCAAAUAUUGUUAGGGUGCACUGACAUGUAUUUAGCUGAUGUUUGUGCUAUGAUAGUAUGUGCUGAUAUUAUUGCUUCUUACUGUGCCCCUUGCGAAAACCAACUAAAGCAUUGAACCACGUAAUAAAAAAAUGUAGUCAUUGAAGUGUCUUAUGGACCUCAGGAGAAUCGGAGGUAUCUACAGCUAUUAUGAUUGUAACAAGAUAGCAGACUGUUCUUAUUAAUCAAUAUUCCAUUAUUGUUGUUA